UGUAUCAGCAGCAAUACAGAGGACAGAGAAACAGGAAAAGGCUGCAGUGAGUCGAGUUGAAGGACGACUGAAGCAGAAGUUCAAUGUUCUGAGAAGGAAAGACACUGAGCUGGACCAGCUUUCACAUAUAGGAUCACAUCUCUUUCCUGCCGGAAACAGAUCUAGAAAAACAGGAUCAUAGUGGACUUGAGUAAGAUUCCCAUAUUGAGUCCAACCAUUUUAACUCUUGAAGAAUACUAAUAAUGUUAAAAAGUCAUAUUCAGCAACAUGGAUCCCAGGACCAGAAACAACUUCCUAGAGUAUUCCAAUCCGCUCGCACUGGACCUGAACACGGUGAAUAAACACCUCCGUCUGUGUGAGAGGAACAGAGAGAUUACUGGCACUCUCACAGAGCAACCGUAUCCUGACCAUCCGGACAGAUUCGAUGGAUAUAAUCUUCAGGUGUUGUGUAAAGAGAGUGUGUGUGGACGCAGUUACUGGGAGGUUGAGUGGAGUGGGAUGUUUGGUGUGGAUAUAUCAGUGUCAUAUAAGAGCAUCAGCAGGAAAGGAGAGGUUUAUAAGUGUGUGUUCGGACGUAAUAAUCAGUCAUGGAGUUUGUUCUGUUCUCCCUCUAAAUGCGUAUUUGUACAUAAUAACAAACAGACUGAUCUCCCUGUAGUGUCCAGUCGUAGAAUAGGAGUGUAUGUGGAUCACAGCGCAGGAACUCUGUCCUUCUACGGCGUUUCUGACACAAUGAACCUCAUACACUCAGUCCGGACCACAUUCACUCAGCCGCUCUAUCCUGGGUUUUAUGCAUUUAUUGGAUCAUCAGUGAAACUGUGUUCAUAAAUCCGAAUAGAUUUUAGACAUUUCUAUGUAAUUUCUUUGUAUGUCUGCACUAAUAUGUAUGUCUGUGAUCUCUUUUGCACUGUAAGCUCCUGUGAACAAGAAAAAAUCCUGUGUCUGUUGCAGGAAUGGAAAUGAAGCUCUUUCUGAUUGUGAAGUUUUAGUGGCAUGAUAAAUAAGUGUUAAUGAUUUAUGUUCUUAUUUUUAGUUUUGUAUAUUGAAGAUCUUUUUUUUUUGUUGUUAUUUAAAGCUGAUUCUUGGAAAUGCUUAUAUACUAUUUAAGGUCAUAUGUGAUCCUGGAACACAAAACCAAUCAUAAGUAGCAGGGGUAUAUUUGUAGCAAAAGCCAAUAAUACAUUGUAUAGUCAAAAUUUACGGUUUUUAUUUUAUGCCAAAACUCAUUAGGGUAUUGAGUAAAGCUCAUGUUCCAUGAAAAUAUUUGGUACAAUUCCUACUGUAAAUAUAUCAUAUGCUAAAAACUUAAUUUCGACAGGUUUAAAGGGGAUUUUCAAUAUUUAGAUUUUAUUUUUUUUCAUCCUCAGAUUCUAGAUUUUCAAAUAGUUGUAUCUCUACCAAAUAUUUUAGAUGAUGUAUAAAUCUCUUAUUUUGAAAAAAUGCACCCUUGUGACUGGUUUUUUGGUCCAGGGUCACAUAUGUGAAAUAUGUUUUAGUCAAAAUUAAUUGAUUGGAUAUAAAAGUCCAGCCAGGGUCAAUGAGGUAACAUAAAUAAAGACAACUUAAUCAA